AAACCUUCUCAAAUUCCUUCAUACCAGCACCAAGCCCUCAAACUUGGCACCAAUACUUCAAAGUUAGACACAGAAAACAACCCCCAAGAGAGAGAGAGAGAGAGAGAGAGAGAGAGAGAGAGUGAUGGCUUCAAGCUCAGCAGUUACAAUGGCUAUGCCAUUGCCCAAUGCCACCACUCAAAAGAGGGUGGUUCAAUCCUCAGAGGCCUUCUUCAAGCCACUACCCCUCAGGCACUCAAAGGCUGUGUCCUCACCUUCAAGAUCAAGUGGGAGGCUUGAGGUCAGGGCUUCCCUGAAGGAGAAGGCCGUCACCGCAAUUACCGCUGCCGCACUCACAGCCUCAAUGGUGGUCCCAGAUGUGGCUGAAGCCGCCUCCGGAGUCUCUCCGUCGCUCAAGAACUUCUUGCUCAGCAUUGCUGCCGGCGGCACUGUACUUGUUGUGAUUGUUGGAGCUGUAAUCGGAGUGUCCAAUUUCGACCCUGUUAAGAGGGGCUGAGAGAUAUUGAAAUGUCAUUCCCUAUCUUCUUCAUGUAUCUGUUUAGUGUUUUGCUUUUGUUAUGUUUACCUUCUAUAUCAUUGUGUAAUAUGACUCUUCUUCCCUC